CUCACAAUUACCUGUGUUACUAAUGUGAACGCGCGGUCGUGAGAGCACAUGCCACGUUUACUGAAGAAAGACCAGAACCAGAACCAGAUCUGUAGUGAACUGAAGUGAACUGAAGUUUUUUUUUCCGUCAGACUCGUCCAGCACAAAGUCCGGCAGGUGAUUUUCAACCAGACCCGGGUUUGGACCUCACACGAGACAGUCAGGAUGCACUUGUUGUCCUCCAGCUUCAUCGUCCUCCUCUUCCUCCUCCUGUCCUCUUCCUCGCUGCUCCGCACAGUCAGUGGUCUGGACGCUGUCCUCGGUCAGUAUGGAGAAACUCUGGAGAUCCCCUGCAACAACGGAGUGGUUAAAGCAGACGACGUCCUCCUCAUUAAGUGGAAAUAUGACAAAGGAGAAGGACUUUCAGGAGACCUGCUGGUCAAACAGAAGGACCAGAACCUGUCCAUCAUCGCCACAGACGAAUACAUGGGCCGGGUCAACAUGGCGUCCAACGCCAGCCUGCUGCUGUCCUCGUCCACGUUGAGAGACCAGAGGACGUUCACCUGCAUGGUGGUGGCCGGAGCCGACAUCGCCGAGUACCCCGUCAACGUGUUAAUCUCCAAGACACCAGCAGCUCUGGAGAUUUCUGACAAAGCAGAGGAACUGGAGAUCGGAAAAGUCAUGAAGUUGGGAACAUGCGUUGCUAAAGAUGCUAAUCCAGCUGCAAACAUCACGUGGUUGAAGAACAACAAACCUCUGGAGUCAGACAGCAAACGCGUUUCUGUGGUGGUGUCGGAGCAGGUGGAUCCUCUCAGCGGUCUGUUCACCACCUCGUCCACUCUGAAAUACUCGGCUGAGAAAGAGGACGCAGACGCAGAGUUCAGCUGCACGAGUGAGAGUGUGGGUCAGAGGUCGUCUGCUGUGACCUUCACCAUCACCUACUCCACAGAGAACAUCGUUCUUGAAGUCCUUUCUCAGGAUCCUCUGGUUGAAGGAGACAACGUGACUCUGAAAUGUAUCGCAGACGGAAACCCACCUCCGACCAGCUUCACUUUCCACCUGAAGGGAGAAACGGUCAAAGUGGAAAACACAGACACGUUCACCAUCAUCAACGUGUCACGUGAAACCAGCGGUGAAUACAGAUGUUCUCUCAUCGACAAACCAGAGCUGCAAGCUUCUGAGAACGUCCUCGUCCACUACCUCGACGUCACUUUAAAUCCAUCUGGAAAUGUUGUGAAAAAAGCUGGUGAAGACAUGAACGUGUCUCUGCUCAUCGAAGCUUCUGGAGAAACCGUGGUCUCCUGGACAAAGGAUAAAAUCAAACUGGACAAGGAGCCUGAAUUCACCACGCUGACCUUUUCUCACUCUGGUCUGUAUGAGAGCAAAGUGACGAUGGGACAACUGAGUCGAGACGCUUCGUUUCAGCUGCGCGUUCAAGGUGCUCCAGUCAUCACACAGUUGUCCAAACAGCGUGGUGAAGACGGACAACACAAGGUGUUGACGUGUGAAGCUGAAGGUUUCCCUGAACCUGCAGUUUCCUGGAGCAUCAACGGAUCCUCGCCUGAAGAACAGAGUUCUUUCAUCGAUGGAAAAAUCAGUCACAGACUCACGGUCGUUCCUUCAGUGAAUCUCACCGUGUUCUGCACCGUCGUCAACGAGUUUGGAAGCGACAGCAAAUCAAUAAUCGUCUCGUCCUUAUUUGUUGUGGAGGUGAGAAUGGAUAAACAAGAUCAGUCAGAGGACAGAGGUCAGAUGAAGAUGGCGGUGGGCGUGGUCGUUGGACUCCUCCUCGCCACGAUGGUCGUCGCUCUCAUUUACGGGAUCUACGUCAAGAAAUCCAAACAGGGUAGCUGGAAAACUGGUGAGGAGAACUGUUCCUCUGAGGAGGAGAAGAAGCUGGAGGAGAAGGUGGAGGAGAGCAGUGAGAAAGCUGAGGUGUAGAUAAAG